AUGUCUGAACCUGUAGAGAAUUUAUACAGUUCUAGUCCUCUAUCAGAAGACGAAGGGUUUACUGUUGGCCGAGGUUCAACGUCGCCGGAGCAUACGAGUUUGGACAAAAUGACAUCACCUUACUAUUCAUAUCGUGUUGAUAAGGCAAUACAGAAGCACGAUUCCCAUUAUUGGGCCAGACAUUUUUCAAUCCUGCCUCCCCGAACGGAGUCGCCUGCCAAUACCACUUUUGAAACUCCACCCACACUGCAAUCUGCCAAAGUGCCAUCCCGCGCUUCUACACCUAUCGUUGAAGUUGAGAACGAAAGUCUCCGUGAGCUUCGUACCAUCUACACGAAUUUCCAGAAAUGUCUGGACUUACGUGACAAGUAUAUGGUGUUGUCGUUGCAGAGGUUAGGCGAUAAUCCAAAGGAUGCAGACGGUUGGAAGAUUUAUCCGCCUCCACCCCAACCAACUUGGCCGAACCAUGGAUUGACUAAUGGUGGAAAUAAUGAUAACAACGACAGCAUGAAGGAUGGGAAGAAGGAAAAGAAGCAAGUUGGAGAGGAUUUUCACUUUGAGGAGUGUGAGAUGCCUGGUGUCGAUGAGCGUUUAUUUGAACUUGACGCGACCGGUGUUUACAGAGUUUACGAAAACGAAGAUGAUUUACACAAUAACAAACCGGCAUAUACUGUUCCAAGUAUUAAAGAAUACUUUGUGGAUCUGGACUUUAUUCUUGAUGUGAUAUCUGAUGGACCAGCGAAGAGUUUCGCGUACAGAAGGUUACAGAUUUUGGAGAGUAAAUGGAGUAUGCAUGUUUUACUGCACGAACUUGAGGAAAUUGCUGAGACAAAGGUAGUUCCACAUAGAGAUUUUUAUAAUGUACGGAAAGUCGACACACACGUGCACUUGUCCUCGUGUAUAUCGGUUGUAUUAUGA